AAGAACAGGCCUAUUGGUUGCAUAUUAUCUUACAAGAUAUUUUAGAUAAUAUGUGACCAAUAAAUUGGUUUUGUGUAAUAUAGUGUAACGUAGCUAGGGAAAGCGCCCUUUGUGUGGUGAAAGCUCCAACGUCGCUGCCUGUCAAAUUUGUGCGUAGGCUACGGGACGAAUAGCCAACAUAACCUAACAGAUCGCUCGGUGCAAGUGCUGAUAGUUCACAGAAGGUUGAGUUACGCGCCACUUACGAAAUGCACACUUCUGCCGAUUUUGUUCUACGCGGCGGUGACGCGGCGUUCGCCAACAGACAGAAAUUGUUGUUCGAUCAGCUGUCGAUUGCCGAGAGUAAAUGCAACAAGCAUGACAGAUGCGAGACGGACGUCAACGAUACCGAGACGCACAUGGACCUGGACAAGUGCGGCAAAGGUUCAAGCUCGAAGGACAACUUGAAACGCAGGAGAGAGACCAGAAAAUUCUGCGGCAAAGAGAGCAUGUUCAAGCGUCCCGAGGGUCGCGCGCCUCGCGCGACUUUCAGAGGCGUUCCCGACUAUCACAGGAAUCCGCACAAGUGGAUCAAAUACAGCUUGGCUGACGUGUCCAACGAGGACAUGACCGAGCAGAGCAACACACAAGCUGCCAUGUCAUUUCUGAGGGAACUGAAGGCACGUAGGAGAAGAGAAGAGGCGGACGAACCCGAUGAGAUGGACAUCGAGCCUUGCGACUUGGACGCACAAGAUUGCAAUGAGACAAUGUUCAAGCACAAGAAACGCACAUCCACAUCACAAGUGGUAUUCAGGAAGCCGCAAACAAAACAGACAGAGGAUUCACCAGAAGUCGUGAACGAAUCGACUGAGAAACCUAUGUUUAGAAGCAGCAAAAUUAUACUGCCAGAAUAUGUAAUCGGCCAGAGACAAAAAAAAAUCAGACCGAAUCGGCUUGUAAUCAAAGGCAAUCGCACAAAAGAACUCAGAUUGGAUCACUUGGAAGAACCUGAUGAAGAAGGAGACAACUGAGAAAACAGUGUAAAAUAUAUAUAUAUAUAUGUAUGAGUGUUAUCGCAUACAUACAAAUGUAGGAAUUAAUUGUGGAUUCAUUCAAUUUGCCUCCAGAGAUCGAUGAUCUCUUGGGCAUUAUCUAAGGUAAACGUUCCCCAUGAACAAACUUAUAAGAAAGCAGUCAGUUUUAUAUUUUAAUUAAUGAAUAAUUGAUGGUAUUACUAACAGAAAUAAUGUUUAGGCAAAAUUUUAGUUUAUGAACAACGAAAAAUAACAAGAAACAAAACAAUAAAUCAUUAUCAGUUAUAAUUUUAAUAAGACAUUAGAUGAUGCCAGUUGUAUCAAUGACUGAAUUGAUAAAUGAAUCAUGUUCUAAUUUUAGAAUAAUACAGACGCAAUGAUUUAAUGCUCAUUGAAUAAUAGUACAAAUUGAUAAAAAAAAUCUUAACAAAAUUUUCAAGACUUCUUUUUUUUAGAAAUAUCACAAAUAUAUCAUCGAUGUUUCAGUCAUUGAAACAUUGUUUAAUUACUGAGACAUUUACUUUAGAACAUGUAUCCUAGGGAAAACGUGACUGUAGCAUAAUCAUAAAAAAAAAACUGAAGGAAAAAUACAUAAAUCAAAUAUCGUAA